CUCCUCAACAAGCCCAAGAGUGAGAUGACCCCAGAGGAGCUGCAAAAGCGAGAGGAGAAGUUUAACACUGGCCAGCUCUCCGUGCUCACGCUGUUGGUCAAGAAAAACACUCAAGUGCUUAUCAACUGUCGCAACAACAAGAAGCUCCUGGGCCACGUGAAGGCCUUCGACAGGCACUGCAACAUGGUGCUGGAGAACGUGAAGGAGAUGUGGACCGAGGUCCCUAAGAGUGGCAAGGGCAAGAAGAAGUUCAAACCUGUCAAAAAGAACCGCUACAUCUCUAAGAUGUUCCUGCGUGGGGACUCGGUCAUCGUAGUCCUCAGGAACCCCCUCAUCGCUGGCAAGAAGGGUCACCCUCGUCUCUACAGCCCUGCCCCACAGCCGCCUCCCGCCACCCUGGAAGACCCGUCCCAUACUGGGAAUACUAAAGUCCCUGGAGUGGCUUCUCUAAUGAUGUGGACAAUCAAAUGA